GAAAAUAUGUCAGUGUGACAGGCUAACGUUCAUGUUCCUAGAAAUUGGUGGUAUCACCUAGUGUUAAAUCCGAUGACUUCAAAAUCACCUUGCUGAAGGCGAUGCAAGAAAAUGGUCUGGAAUCCCAACUGAAAAACCAGAUAUUCAGAUGGACUAAAACGAAAAAGAAGGAGUCCAGCCCGUACGAUCCGUUUUUCCGAAAAUGCCAAAUCCACUGGGACAAGAGGAUUCACAAGUCGUUGAAUUCGAUGUGCAACGAACUGGGGAUCAGUCUGGCCAAAGGGAGGUCUACGAACGAAAGAGAAGAGAUCGCUAACAAAUGGACGGAAUUGAGCACUCUCGAAGUCGACAUUCACAAAUACAGGCCGGUUUACGCUCCCAAAGAUUUUCUGGAGGUGCUGUUGAAUUUGAAAGGACCAGUCAAAGAUAAGAUUCAAGGGGACCACUGGGAAUUUUCUCAGCUGCCAUUGAAAAGCAAGAACUUGGCAGAAAUGAGAAAUUUAUACUUAGAACUGUCAAGAGGGGAGCAGAUACUCUGCGUCAAUAAUGCUCUCAGUGCACCCAAAAACUUUGCCAAUUUUGAGGCGGAAAGGAUAGCUCUGGGCGAAAGAAUUUUAGAAAAAAAUUACGCUCCCUUAGCACAAGAAUACUUGAAAAAGGGUUGUCCAAGAUGUCUGAGAUCAAGAAUUUGGAGCUUGUUAUUAGGAACUGAGAUCAAACAACAUGAUAUCGAUCAUUUUGAAAAUUUAAAACAGAAUGUUCUUCAGUAUGACUUGAUGGUUGACAAACUGAUUAUCAAAGACAUCAAUCUCACUGCCUCCAAUGAUGACCAAUACUUUGUUUUCGAAGAUGUGUUGUACCAGGUGAUGCUCUGCUUCUCGAGAGAUUCGGAAGUUUUGAAAAGCCUGUCGAGCCAACCGGCUUUCAUGCAAGUAGCUGUGAAGGGAAAACAGAAUUGUCCUGAAAACACUAUUACUUUUCCACCUAGUGGCGUCAUCCCUUUUCACGGCUUCACCAUGUACGCUGCUCCAUUCUGCUACCUUUUCGAGAGCCCAGUAGAGCUCUAUCACGUUUUCAGAGCUUUCUACGUGAGAUAUUGGCACAGAUUGCACCGAGUGUGUGCCAACUCUCAGGGAGUGGUCGCUCUCUGUUUACAAUUCGAAAAACUGCUACAGUGUUUCGACCCCGUGUUGUGGACCCAUUUCAAAAGAUACAGGAUUCCUCCGUUGAGGGUGGUGAUAAAAUGGAUAAUGCGGGCAUUCAGCGGUCACUUACCGCCCGAGCAAGUGCUGACUUUGUGGGACCUCAUUUUGGCGUACGAUUCUCUGGAAAUCGUACCUCUACUGGCGGUAGUCAUCGUGGUAUUCAGGAAGGAUAAUUUGAUGAAAGUGACGACUUUGCAGAACGUUGAAGCCGUAUUGGCCGAUCUCUCUUCCAUCGCCGUAGUGCCUUUAUUGCAAAUGGGACUUAUGAAAACGGAAUAA